CAGGGGGCCCCCACUUCGAUAAAUACGCAACUAGUCGAGGGUUAUAUUACUUAAUUGUUGAUUAAAAUCCCUUUUUAAUUCUAUUGACAAUUGACAAUUGACAGUUGACAGUGAUAGUGACAGCCGGUUGUUUAUGUUUUGCCAAUAAAUACUUUCCCCAUGUCUUGCAUCGUCUGGGGCUGUAGUAACAACAGCAUCGUAACAGCGGACCCCUCCGUCCACUAUUACGUUUUUCCCAAACACCCUGUAAUAGCCCAGCAAUGGGUCCAAGCCUGUGGGUGGCCCCCAGACCAGAUAGACCCCAACAAUGCCCAGAUUUGCUCCCUUCAUUUCGACGAAAACAGUUACACAACCGAGGUGAAAAUGAUCGAUUACAUCACUUGUUACACCAAAGUAUUAAAAUUUGACGCAGUCCCCACACUUUACUUGCCCACACAAACGGAAGUUGUUAUCAAAGACCCGCAAAAAGAGCUCGGCGAAAUGAUCGUUUUUACAGUGCCGGCAACAGCAGAACAAGAAAAUGUAACCACUGGAGGAGGUUCCAAAGAAUACACCGAACUAAUUGUACAAAAGGCGAGUGUUGAAGUGGAUAUGGAAAAGUACAAACACAUUGCGACAAAAGAACAGUUGGCAACACUUGAAAAUUGUAAUAAAACAAUACGGGAGAAGGUGGCUAGAUUGGAAAAUAGUCUCAAGCAUCUUAGAAGUGUGUACAACACUCAGGUGGAAACGUACAAAAAAAAAGACUUGGAGUUGUCGAAUUUGCACCACGAGUAUUUGAAAACUAAGCGUUCGUAUUUGACUUUACACGAGCAGAAGGUUUUGCUGUCGAAGGUUUUUUCCGAAUCGCAGAUUAAAAUUCUAUCAGGGAAGAAAAAAAUUUACUGGAGUGAUGACGAUAUGGCUGUUGGCUACACAAUCAGGCAUUUGAGUAACAAAAGGUGCUACAUGUACUUGACCAAGAAAUUAAAUAUUCCCUUGCCGGCUGUCUCCAGUAUUAAGAGGUGGAUGACUUUGAAGGAAGGCAGUCGGAAGAAGAGUCUCACGAGCGGAAGCCCCAAAAAGAGUGAAGACGAGGAGGAAAACGAAUGAAACUUUUAACUUUAGUACUUAUUAUUAUGAUUUUUUUAAUUUUUAAUUGAUUAAUUUAGUCUUUAUAUUAUUAUUAAUUUUUAUAUGUUUUUUUUAUUUUCUCAAUUACGGCUAAACUAUUAAUAAAAGUGGAACUAUUUUGA